AUGGAGGAAAUAGCCCAUGAAUCAGCAGGAUCACCAAUUGUCCAGUUUCAGUCUUUGGAGAGCCAGUCUGAGGGUCUGUCCCCAGAGCCUCAGUUCGCACAGGGCACUGAAAUAGAACAGGAGCUCAACGGGGCUCCACCUGUUCCCCAGGUGCCUGCUCUUCCGCAUGAGGGAAGCCCAGGAGACCAGGCAGCCACGCUCCUGCCAGCCAGGUACCAGGAGUUUGUGACAUUUGAGGAUGUGGCUGUGCACCUUACUCGAGAGGAAUGGGGAUGCCUGGACCCUGUUCGGAGGAAUCUCUACAGAGAAGUGAUGUUAGAGAAUUAUGGGAACGUGGUCUCGUGGGCUACUUCUCCGCCUUCCUCCAGCCGGUUUCAUAGUGUGAGUUCCUGCCCGGCCCUGAGUCGUACCCAGGCAAGUGCUUUCUCUGGAGAAACAUUGGCAGUUCUUUCAGCUGGAAUCUCCAAGAAAUGGCCCAGGUAUCGACUUCCCAUCGAUAUUGCUCGGCCCCGCUUGGAAACUCCUUUUCCACGACUGUAA